CUAAACGUAUCCCCUCCAAAUUGAAAACAACCGAAGGUCGACGCUGUUCUCGAUCCUGAUAGAGUAUUUUUGGUUAGGUUAAUAGCUGUGCGGAAGACAUUUGAACAUGAUUUCAGUGAUCAAAUAAAUCUGUAUUACAACAAAAUGGACGUACCUGGUGAUUUAACAUUGCAAUGGGUGGAGGAGGUAGGGAACGUUAUCCACGAAGAAGUAAUAUGCGGUUUAGAAGCAGAGCUCGUUGCUCCAGAAGAAGGGGUAAUUGGAGCCUGCGAGGAAGUCACAGUUGAAGAAACGGUAGAAUCGUGUCCAAAUGUUACUCCUACAGCAGAGUCAGAAAUCUUAAUGGUUCCACAAUCUAGUGACAUGGAAUCAAUUUACAUAGUACCGCAAGAUCAAGGACACGAUUACCUGAAUAUUCAAGUUACGGAAGAAGUGAUAGCAGACAAUUGGGAUAGAUCUGGCCACGAAGAUGGGGUUGAGAUACCGGACUCUAAAGUGUCUCACGAUAAUUUACUUGAAUACGAUGAUAUGGAAAUACCAUUGCCUAUUGACCAAGAUUCUUACACAAACAGUAGACCGUAUCCAUGUGAUUUUUGUAGUAGAAGGUUCAGGAAAAAAGCGAAUUUAAUGAAUCACAUGGUGGCACAUCAGACAGAUCGUCCUCACGGUUGCAACCUUUGUGGAGCACGUUAUGCUCGGAAGUGCGAUCUCAUGAAUCAUUUGAAGAUUCAUGCAUACGCGCCAUCCCGAGAUGGUUUAGAGGAUGAUUUGAACGAUGAAGAUCCACUGGCACCAGAGGUAGAGGAGUCUACUAAAGGUAGACGUAAGAAGGUUCAGUCUAGUGCACCAAGGAAACGCAAGAAUUACUCUGCUCUUCCGAAGCGUAGUGUCGAGGAUAGUAAAAUGGAAAUGAGCAAGUAUGUCAAUGAAUCUUACGAUUAUGUCGACGAAGAUACGCGUUUGUUAGAAGAAAUGACUAGUAGAAAUUCUACAUGCAGUGGUAAUUACGCGUCAAGCUCGAAGUGGAACGAUCAGAUAUCGUCUGUAUCAGCUGAACCUCAAGCACCAAGGUGGCCUAUAACCGAUCCCACAAAACCAUAUGUGUGUCAAUUCUGUGGCGUUGGUUUUGCACGAGAAAAAGCACUUGCAUCUCAUGCACGUAUACAUGGUGGUGAUAGUCCUUUCGAAUGUACAUCAUGCGGUGAUAUGUUUUGGGAUGUUAACAGUUUAAGAGAACAUGUCCGUUCUAAGCAUGGUGGUACUGUGCAAUCCGAUACAGAAGAAUACGACAAUGAUGCUACAUACACAGGUGAUGAAAGAUUUGGAGAAUUCUAUUGCAAUACUUGCGGUGUACCCUUUCAUCGUUUGGACUUACUUAAGCGUCACCAAAAGAUUCAUAUCAAGCAAGAAGAUGAUACAAUGGAAGGUUCGAGUCAACAUCAUGUGUGCAAUGUUUGCGGAGAAUGGUUUGAAGAGGCUUUGGCAUUGUUAGCACACGCUGAACUUCACGCAAGAUCACCCAGUCGUCGGUGCUUAUUAUGCGGCGAGAGAUGUCGCGAUGACGCAGAAGUCGCGGAGCAUGUACGUCAAAAUCAUGCUGAGGAUGCUCCACCGAACACUUGUACACUUUGUGGGAAAACAUGUAAAGAUAAACGGAGUUUGUUGAAGCACUCGUGGGUUCAUAAUGUGGAUAAAACUUUUGGGUGUACAAAGUGUGGAAAACGUUUCCACAGCAAAGCCAGAUUACGGAGACACAUGGUGUCGCAUCGUAAUAAAAUGGUUGUUUGCGACGAAUGCGGAGAGGAAUUUCCUGAUGGUAGAGCUUUGGUGAGCCAUCGUCAUUCACAUAACAAAGAUUUGGGUGGCCGUUCUUUCCCGUGCAGGGAAUGUGGAAAAACAUUUGGCAGUCGUAGUUCGCAACAGAUUCAUAUACGUAUUCAUACAGGAGAAAGACCGUAUGGUUGUAGAUUUUGUUGGAAAGCAUUCGCUGACGGUGGCACUUUAAGAAAACACGAGCGUAUUCACACAGGCGAGAAGCCGUAUGGAUGCGCAAUUUGUCCACGCGCUUUUAAUCAGCGAGUUGUUCUGAGGGAACACGUUCGCGCACAUCAUUCAGGUCCCGAUCCAAAAUGCGUAGGUAGCAUCACACCUUAUUUGUGUAAAGUAUGCGGUGAUGCUUACGGGACAUCCGAAGAGAUAGUCGCGCACAUUGUGCAGCAUUGUGACGAUAAUACUGCGUUAAGGCGACAGCCGCAGACUGGGCCACGCAAAUACAAGAGAAGACGUAAGCUCAAACCGCACGAGACAAAUACAAUGUUGCGUAUGAGUGAUCAAUACGAUAUGAUGGAAGGGGGUUCCGAUUCGGACGAUAACACAAAGAGAAAACUUGGAAGGAAGAACAAGCAACACCGGUCGAACGUCGAGGAAGGAUAUCAAAAUGUUUUGAAGAGCUUCGAGAGCUCUCUGCAGAACAUAAACUCGAUCGUUAGUAAUUCGAAGUUGAAUCCAGGGAAGUCCAAGCUGUCCAAGAAGAAGCUUAGGAAAGAGGAGAAGAAGAACGAGGCUCAAACUUCGUGCCAGCCUGGCAGACCAAAAAUGAUUCACACGCAGAAAACUCGUGUCCCUGUGGAGAUCGGUAGUGACGGAGUUAAGAAGGGUCAGAAAACUAAAACUAUGGUAACGAGGACUCCCAAAGUAAUGCCAAAUGAACAUAAGUUAGGGAUUUUUCCGGGUGGGGAGAGAAAUCGACCGAGAACGAAGAAUGUUAGUUAUCACAUUGAAGGAAAGCUUCAAUCGGCACCGGCGACAUUCCCGAAACCAAAGGAUGAUAAAGCUCUGAUACCGACGCAUCAGUUGUUGCCAUUGACGAAUAUAAAGCUGGAACCUAACUUGCCAAAAGUACCGAGUAACAAUCAUAGAAAUAACAACGGUAAUAUUCUCGCCGUUAACGACAAGCUGGAUUCAUCGCCUAGAAAAAGGUCCGGCGUCUUGAAGAAGAUCAAGAAACAAAAACACGGAAUAAAGCAGGAGCCAAUGGAUAUCGAUCAAGAAGAGAUGCAGAACAACAAUAACACAGAGAACACAGAUUCUGCGAGAUUAAUGGAGCACGCGAUGGACGGAAGUCACUUGGAAGUUGCAUUUGAAGCGAGCAUCUCCGCCGAAGAAGACAAGUAUCAUCUUGCCGACAUGGGCAAAGUAAACAAUACCGAUGAUAUUGGGCCCGGAAACUUAAAACUCAGUGUGAAAGUUGAAUCGACACCACAACGAAUGAUGGCUGUUCACCAUAGUGUUAUAGCGCCUGUGGAUGAUAUUCCGGAAACUAUAAUACCGGAUGCGGUAGAGUACACAUGUGAAAUGUGUUCCGCGGUGUUCUCCAGCCGUGCAGAGUUGUUGGUGCAUGUUCCGAUACAUAUUUGAUUUAAUUUGUUCAAUGCAAUUAAAGAAGGUAUGCGAAUUUGUUCUAUUCUAAGAAUAUUUGUUUAAUCAAGCAAUAUUUUAACAUGGUCAAUGAAGGUUUAAUAUGUUUAUUUGAAUUGGCAUCACACGUUACUAUUUGCCAAAAUUGUGUCCUCUGCUCGUUGUUCUAUGAAGCGCACUAAGUUUCCUUGUGUUUAACAUAGUAUUUUAAAACGUUGAUGCUGUCUUUAGUUUAUUGCGUCAUUCUAAGGUAUAUAGAAAUCAUUCGGGCGUUCCCGAUCAACAACAUCGUUGGAUUCCUUUUUCAUUUAUGGACUAUUUGUGUUUCUACAGCAAAGAUUCGACUCAAAAUUCGUACUGAAUCAUGGUACAACGUAACAUGUUACAAACGUUUUAUACAUUUAUAAUGUAUAAAAAGUUAGACCAAUCUUUUGCCAUCCACGAUUUUAUGAGGAAAAUUAAUUUAAUGGAACGAAAAAAAAGAAGAAACAAUAACACUCUGUGUACAUAAGAUGUUAAGGCAUUCGUAAUAUUAAAGCUUUACCAUUCUAUGGUGAAAUUACUCGUUUCUAUAAGUUAAAUUCACACUGUAUAUUUGCUUUUAGAUACUAAGCGAAUUCGAUAUCUAUCAAUCAAUCCAUUGAAUUACUAUCAUAAACAAUUUGUACGCAUUAUUACGUACAUUUACGUAACAUACGUACGUACAUUUUUGAUAAAUCAACUCUGUCCUUUCUUCUUUUUCUUUUCUUUUACUCGCAGCAAUAAUUGUUUAAUUUCGAUUUUAACAGUAGAAGAUUCUUUUAGAGGCACGAAAGAACCGCGGCUAUAUUUCUUCUGAACUGAAUAAAUUUGAUCUUACAGUGAAGUACACAUGUAUAUUGCACACAUUGCAUAAAAACAUUUCUACGAAUUAAUUUUCUUACCAUCGAGCAUUUUGUGACCCAAGGAACAAGAUUACACAUCGUUACCGUUUCAUUGAUAUUUAUUAUAAGAUAAACACAAGCUCAUCAUUACGAUAUACUUUGUUUAUAUUAACAUAUCCAAAUGGUUCUGAUGAAGUUAUUCGAGAGCUGCUUCAUUACAUUUGGCAUUGUAUAUUGUAGAUUGUACGAAGUAUUACGUGUAGAACUUUUAUGAAGAAGGAAACAUUAAACAUAAAACAUUUUGGAGCUUGAAAUGAUUUACUUUCUAUUUUCUAUUUUCGGCGAAUCAUACACGAUCAGAUCUGAUUUGCUUUUCGUUAUUGGUGGGUGCUACUUACAUUAUAUCGAAUAGUACUAUCUUUAAACAAAUUUACUUAUGUAAUUUUGUUUCCAUUAGUAUAAGUCUUAUACAUAAUGGUAAAAGUUUCAGGUUUCGUCUCUAAUCAAGAUCUUAUAUUGUAAUUUUAUACAAAUAUUUUAAGGGUAUCAUUGGAUAGUAUUUAAACAUUUGCUUUAUAAAAGUAAAUAACAGUACAUUUAUGUUAAAAUCCUCCAUUUAAUGGUAGUUCCAUACGUUUAGGUGUGUUAUUUAUUACUAUACAAAAGUUUCUAUUACUUUUUAGUUUAUCAUACUACUUUUAUCCCUUUGAUGAGUUUUCUUGCUGAACAUCGAGUACAUUAUAUUUCAAAGAUUUUAUUUAAAUUGUUAUUAUCUAUAAAUAUUCGAGUUUUAUAUGAAAAUAGUAAAAGUGUUUUGCUAAUUUACCAUUUUAAACUGAACAUGUGUCAUGGUUGGAAGAAAAAAAUAUGUUCUAGUUCUUUAGUUUCUUAAAUUGAUCGAGAUAAAAAGUCGUAUAAUUCGACAAUGAAAACUCAAAUCGGUAGCGCUUUUACAACUUUAGUGCGUAUAUAGCUAUUCCAAAAAACGGAUUAACAAUGUUUCAACAGCAUUAUUGUGUGGCAAUCAAUCAAAAGCAGUGUGUGCCCUAUUUUUGUAGCCCAGAGAUAUUUUUAAUAUGAAGAAAAUUCUGAUACUAUUUGUAGCAUUUUGCCCAAAAUGUAUAUAUACGUAUACAUUACAUAUACAUAUAUAUUUUAUUA